GUAUAUGUGAGAUCGCUGGUAUUACAUUACUACUUGCCCAGAAACGCGCAAUAUAUCCAAUUAUGAACCGCCUAGGUCAGACCUCACACGCACGCCUGACCAAAAUCAUUGUUGAUCCAUUGUAAUUACCAGAGUGGUCUGGAGGUCCUGGCACAGUAGCAGGAGUCCUGGCUCGCAUUCGGUAGUCUCGCGCAGCGUCGUAGUCGGUCCUCUAGAUAGAGCUAUAGCCUCUCGCUAUAGAGGUUUUGCCCUGGGGAUUCCCUCGCAGUCGUACCCGUUCCACCAUUGACAGAUUGUGAGUAGUUCGAUCCAUCAGAUAAUCGAGCUCGAGCCAUGCUGAGUGACGGCAUCGCCCAUUCGUGCACAACCCUCGUGAUGCUGUUCGGCACGGCCCUCGUGUUGCCCUUUGCGACCCUCACUGGCAGGAUGAUGUUCGGUGUGACCCCUGUCAUCCUUCCCGUGAUAAUUUCGCGACCCUCUGCAACCACGCUACCAUGUCAUGGUGCGUUAUCAGGAGGUCCUGAAUCAGCGCACAGUAACUCUAAUUUCCGACCACGACUCUCUCCACCCUUGCGAUGCCUUGUAUCAGCACAGUUUCCGUCAUUCCCGCUACCCUGGUGAUUUCCCACCUCCAGAUAUUUACGGAUCCAGUGUGGUUCGCGCAGGGGGCGUCGGGAUAGCGCUCUUUACCGGUUGUGUUUUGCUCAGUAAUAGUGCCAUCUGUAGCUCGCUAGUUGUGGAAAAUUUAUCAGACAGUAUAAUAAUGAAACCAAAAAGUUAGGGUGUCGGUGCCAGUCAAACGUCUCGGAUCGAGGCACGACUCGAACACAAUCAACAAUAUGCUGAGAGAAAGGACCUUUGUGGGUACUAACACUGAGAGCACGACGUUUCCAACAGAAUCGAUGAACAAGCGUGCGUACAUGAUGAGUCACGUGACCGGAAUG